AUGAGUGCACCGUUCAUCCCGGAGUUGUCGCUCGGCACUGUCGAGACGGGCGGUGGCUGGGGCGUCGGCGAACAGUUCGCACGGCUGCCACCGGCGUCCGUGCAGGCAGAGUCGCGGGUGCCGGUGUACACCAUUGGCCCGGAUAGGGGCGAGAACGACCACAACGAGUCGGACUCGGACUCGUCAUCGUCGUCUGAUGGCGACGGCGACUCCAGCACGCAAGAGCCUUCGCCACUAGUGUUGCGGAAACUAGCAAAAUCAGUAGCAAUGGAGAAGGUGCCGACAACACACUACACUUCGCAGUCCGCGGAGGAUGACGAUACGUUUGUGGACCACGGUAGCACGGCCCCGCCCGCAUCGCCACCCACCGACGUGCUCACCACCACCUGUGGCAACAUCACGAAGGAAAACCCGUGCCAAACACCGGCGCUGCAUCUGAAGUUUUCGCGGCCGGUUUCCCGUAUGAUAGUGCAGCAGGGCGUACGUGCAAUGGUUGUGGCCCCCAACGGUGGGUCCCUGUGGGUCGCUGUUGGCGACGACCCUAUCACCAUGAUGGAUUUCAAGGGUGUGGAGUUGAAUAUUAGCCGUACGGUGGACGUCACGCAUGUGUACGCGAUGACGGUGGUGCGGAUACCGGCGGCAAAGUCCGUCACAUUUAAAACCCCCCCGCGUGCCGCACAUCGCGGCAAACACAACCCCGCGCCGAGGCUGGGACAGUCGUGCGACGACGAUGGUGAGGACACGUACGCACUGUGGUGCGGCGUAACGCGCGGAAGCAUUGUUAUUGUUAACCUUGACGACUACACUGGCGGUGGCGUCAUACGUGGCGCCCAUGCGCAGACAAUCAGUGGUCUCUGGCACCUCGGCAACGGCAAGGUGUGGACUGCCGGAUACGACAAAGCGCUCAAGGUCUGGGACCCGCAGACGCGCCGCCGCACGAAGAGCCGAAACAUUGCGGCCAUCAUCACGGAUCUCUGCUACGUGCGCAGCUGCAAGCAGGUGUGGGCUAUAAGCGAUGACACACUCAUUCGCGUCUUCGACGCAGCGGGCAACAACGUGCGGGUGGCGAAGCAGUCGCCGGACAAGCCAGAGAGCGCGCUCCGCAUGAAGAGCGAGAUGCGCUCUAUCGCGUACUACGAGCCUGCCGACCUCAUUUACGUUGCCUUCACGCGCAGCCUCGCUGCUAUCGUCCCCGCUACCUGUGAGAUCGCUGUCAACAUCAAUGUCACCCUCACCUCCAUGACGUUCUUGGAGAACAAGGCGCUCGUGACGGGGCACGGCGAGCUCCUGCAGUGCACACGGGAGGCGAUCGGCCUCGUUGACCUCACUGACCCCACAGCGCCGGCGCUCCUAUUCCGCGGUGUGGCAUUAGAUGGAAGUGUGACGCCUGUUGGCAUGCGGCUGCUCACAGCCGUGCCGUUUGCCGUCGCCGCGCAGGAGGCGGGGCGGGCCGAGCGCUUUCUCACAGUUUUCAACUACGAGGACUCCAAGGCGUUCGGCAGGGGCGGCAUGCUCGCUUCCGUGCCGCAGCAGCGAAAGAUUACACUUGAGAACCCCAACACGCGCCGCACCACCGCAGUAUCACAACAGUGCGCUCUUGCUGCGGCUGGGGUGUCCGCUUCCACGACGCCUACAGCGGCGACGGCGACAUCAGUGCCACACCACUCCGUUGUGUUCGCCACCGGAAAGAGGGCAGGGAUGGCGCGUGAGGAAAGCAAUAUGAGCAAUGUAUUCCCGCAUCGCGCAGCUGUUGUAGUGUCAUCACGGCUGGAAAAUAUUGCCGGCAGCAAUAACAAUACCACCAACAACAAAAGUUGUACCAGCAGCGUCACUGGCAGCAAUAUGGAGAGGGGCGUCGCAGUUCAGCUCACAGCGCCACCGGAACUCAUGGCGUCAAUAACGAAUAUUGAGAAGCAUACAGAGGACCUCAAGUCACUUUUUGCACAGUUGCGUGCUUCACGCCCGUUACUGGAUGACUUCUCCAAACUGCACGCACGGGUUUCACGUAUAGCUAUGGACAACCAACUAGGAGCUCCGCUUGACCCAGAUACCUUGGAGUCCAUUGAGCGGAAUUAUCAAAGCCUCGAGGGCCGUGUUAUAGUUGCUGCGGUGGAGCGGCUGCGCUUGAGCGCAGCUUCUGCAUCACUCAUGCCGUCUACACCUGCCUCUACACGUGUGCAAGGAAGUGGCGGGAGGCGUGUUGCUCAGUCUCCUGGUGGNGGCGGUGGUGGUAGCUCGCCGCCGCUCGAGGCAGAGAAGCGUGGCCGCAUGACGACGGACGCCGUUAGCAGCAGCAGAGGCGAUGAGGCCGGCAACAUCUCUGGUUCGGAGCUCCCACCAGAGUCACUGCUGCGCUGGGUCGCGCAGAUCACACGCUCCGGUCAGGACGAACGAGAGGCUCACCGACGGCAGAUUGAGAGUUUACAGAGGCACAACACACGGAUUGUGGAGCGCAAUGCAGCCUUCAUCAACGGCCUCGCCCGUAUGGAGCAGGCCCUCCGUACCCACGCACAGCGGGUACUCGAGGCGGAUACCACGGCAGUCAUGUCGGACGCGAGCUGUGACUCGUUGAACCAGUUACACAGCCAGCGCUGUGCCCAGAUGCUCACACAGUCGCUGCAACAGAUUGAACAGGUCUCCGUUGCGAGCUCCCCGAAGGAGAUUACAGAGGCAAUCAACGGCCUCAUCACGCUCACUUCGCGGCUUCUCACUUCCCAACAGAGUGUCCACGGUGACGAUACAGUGAGGCGCACACUCCUGGACUCCUCGUCGGCACGAACAACGGGCGAUCAGGGCGGUGAUGUGGGGAGGCAAGUGAUGAACAACGGUGGCGGCGUUCACACCGGCCGCUCGCACUCCCCACGGCCGUCAGCGGUAGCGGUGGUGGCGAUGCGGCCGCAGCGGAUAUUGAACACCAUCGAGGAUCAAAUCGCGUCAGUCGAGGAGUUCGUCAAGGACGUUGGAAAGUUUUGGUACUGCCUAGAGGAGACACAGAAGGUCAUCUACCUGCCCUACGAGAGCGGCGGCAGGCCGGACCUCUUCCAGGACUUCAUGCAGCUCGCAGUUCUCUGGCACCUGCGUGAGGCGCAAGUGAUGGUAGAUGUCUGCCGCAAGGAAUCUGUCAUGGUAAUGGCAGAGGUGCUGCUUUCCGACAUUGAGAACAGGGAGGACACCAUUGCGAACAGCCCCACGGGCGUAGUACUCUGCAGUGGCACAGUGAUUAUGGCAGAACAGAAUAUGGGAACAGGUAACAGUGUGACACCUGCCGCUGCUUCCGACACAACCGUCGCUACUGCAGAAACGGUGCGGAACGACUCCGAGCGUUUGGUCGGUGUCGGUAUUGAGUUGGAGACCGUUGCCUCACGCAUCCGUGACUCUUUCAAAAAGGCUGCGCGGGAACUCCCGAAAGGCCUUGAAAGGGAGGCCGUCGGCGGCUUUCUUUGUAUCCCAAAAGAAAAAUUCCACGUGGAUAUCGCACGACUGCGUGGCAUGCUGUACUGGGAGCGUAUGACGAUACAUCUGCUCUUUGAGUGCUUAGAGUGCCUUGAGGAGCUUGUGUUCCAUAACGACGAGCAGCCACGCGGGUUUCGCAAGGACAACAUCAAGGCACUUGAGCAGCAGGUAGAUGACUGGCGCGUCUUCCUCGAGGAUGUCCACGGAGAGUCAACGCAGCUGCGCUCCGUAAUUGUGUCCUCGCAUCGAGAAGGCGGCGUAGGCGGUGGCCGCAGUAAGAGCAACAGUGUCAGCGGUGGCGCUGGAAGUGGCACUGGCGGCGGCAGCGGCAAUGGAGGAGACAACGAUGCGGGCGGAACGGAACGGAGCACACAAUGGGUAAUGCUCUUCGGCCUGUACGUGCAGUACACCACCCGCACCGAUGCCCUGCCGGCACUAUUUGUCUCUCAGGACACCAACGACGCCGUGAGUGCGGCUGACUUUGGCCUCAUGGCGCUGCACGAUGAGAUCGCUGAGGUUGUAGAGGCGGUGCGUGCGAAGAGCAGUGCGCUUCUGCGCUACUGCCAGCGGAUACAGAGCUGCCUCACCCGCAUCAUUGAAGACGCGAUGGUGAAUGAGGAGGCGGGGCAGGUGCUCAUUCCCGCCUGGCGUGGUGGCCCCAUCGCGGAGCGGUACUGCAAAGGCUUCUGCCACGACAUGGCAUGA